CCGACCCACGCCUCCCAUCGAUUCAGGAGAAUCGAUGAUUUGUGGGGGUAGGGUCCUGGUCGCCGCCUAGCGAGAGGCGCGUGCUUUUGGGAACGCCUUCCUUUGCUCAACGCAGGUGCAUGUGGAGUUCAAAGCGGGCCAGUGCAAGUGGGAUGGGCGGAUCGUCACGUCGGCCAAGACGAAGGGCAAGGUGGUUCUAGUCUCGACCGAGGAUGAUGGCCUCAUGCAUUUUCAGUGGUUCGACCGCGAGAAGAACGAGACGUCUGUCGACCUCAUCGUGAUCAAUGACGCCUACUUCGAGAAGAUCGAGAAGUGCAAGGACGGGCGCGUGUACAUCCUGCGCUUCACCUCAAGCGACAAGAAACUCUUCUUCUGGAUGCAGGAUCUUCGCCGAAGGAGGACGGCGACGCGGAGCUCAUCAAGAAGUUCAACGAGGCCGUCGGCGCCACGAUCCCGGAGAAGGGCGCCCGGGGGGCGGCGCCCGCGGCUGGCGCGGGGGCUUCCGCGCCGGGCGUCAACCCGGAGCUGA